AAGUAAAGUAUUCAAAAUGAUUUCUCUCUCUACAAAAAAAAGUAUCUGAACCGUUAGCGUACCCACUUCUAUUUGCAGAGUUACACGCAGUGCACACACUCCAUCACUCAUAUGUUCACUCGUUCCGUGUAAAGUUGCACGCAUUAUCGUCCCAGAGCUCAGCUUUAGUCUCUCGAGAUUUAGGGUUGCGAAGUCCAAUCAUGCGAAGGCAUAGUUGCAAGCACACUUGCGGCUAGGGUUUUGCUCGAUUGAGAAAUCUCUAGUGAAGUCCUGAUUUGAAUGGGGAACUGCUGCAGAUCUCCGGCUGCGGUUGCCAGAGAAGACGUCAAGUCGUCCAACUUCUCCGGUCAUGAUCACGGCCGGAAAGACAAAUUAUCCGGCAACGUGAAGAAAGCAGUAACUGUUUUGACAGACGUUAAGAAGGAAAACAUUGAGGAGAAGUACUUAGUUGACCGUGAACUGGGCAGAGGGGAGUUUGGCGUUACUUACUUGUGCAUUGAGCGGGAAACGAGAGAGCUGUUGGCUUGCAAGUCGAUAUCGAAGCGGAAGCUGAGGACUGCUGUUGAUGUGGAGGAUGUCCGGAGGGAGGUAGCUAUAAUGAAGCAUUUGCCGAAGAAUUCGAGCAUCGUGAGCUUAAAGGAGGCGUGCGAGGACGAGAAUGCCGUGCAUUUGGUGAUGGAAUUGUGUGAGGGCGGGGAGCUGUUUGAUAGGAUUGUCGCGCGUGGCCAUUACACAGAGCGUGCGGCAGCCGCCGUGACAAGGACUAUUGUUGAAGUCGUGCAGCUGUGCCACAAGCAUGGGGUGAUCCACAGGGAUUUGAAACCGGAGAAUUUUUUGUUUGCAAACAAGAAGGAAAAUUCACCACUUAAAGCAAUUGAUUUUGGUUUGUCCAUUUUCUUCAAGCCAGGUGAGCGGUUUUCUGAAAUCGUGGGAAGCCCUUACUAUAUGGCUCCAGAGGUUCUCAAGCGAAACUACGGGCCAGAAAUAGAUAUCUGGAGUGCAGGGGUGAUUCUCUAUAUCUUGUUGUGUGGAGUUCCUCCAUUUUGGGCUGAAUCUGAGCAAGGUGUUGCCCAGGCCAUCAUACGCGGGAAGAUAGAUUUUGAACGCGAACCAUGGCCAAGUAUCUCGGAGAGUGCUAAGAGCCUUGUAAGACAGAUGCUGGAACCAGAUGCUAAGCUUCGGCUGACAGCAAAACAAGUCCUUGAACAUCCUUGGCUCCAAAAUGCAAAGAAGGCUCCGAAUGUUCCACUUGGAGAUGUUGUCAAGUCAAGACUGAAGCAGUUCUCGUUGAUGAACAGGUUCAAGCGGAAGGCUCUUAGGGUCAUUGCUGAUUUCCUAUCUAAUGAAGAAGUUGAAGGUAUCAAAGAGAUGUUUGCUAGGAUAGACACUGAUAAUGAUGGUACUGUUUCAACUGAAGAACUAAAGGCUGGGUUGCAAAAGUUCAAUUCGCAACUUCCCGAGUCUGAAGUAGAGAUGCUCAUUGAUGCUGUGGAAAGCAACCGUAAGGGUACAUUGGACUAUGGAGAGUUUCUUGCAAUUUCACUCCAUUUGCAGAGGAUAGCUAAUGAUGAACAUCUUCACAAGGCGUUCUCUUAUUUUGAUAAAGACGGAAAUGGUUACAUUGAGGCCGAUGAUCUCCGAGAUGCCUUGAUGGAAGAUGGGGCCGAUGAUAGCACGGAUGUCGCAAAUGACAUUUUCCAGGAGGUUGACACGGACAAGGACGGACGCAUCAGCUAUGAUGAAUUUGUUGCGAUGAUGAAAACUGGAACAGAUUGGAGAAAGGCUUCUCGACAUUACUCAAGAGGGAGAUUCAAUAGUCUGAGCAUAAAAUUGAUGAAGGAUGGUUCUAUUAACUUGGGACUACUAAUGGAAAACGAAGUAGAAAGAAAAUAUCUAAAGCUGCUUGUUCCCCCUGUUCUCUCCUAGGGUAAGGACUGAUUGCUCUUGUCCAUCACCCUGGACUGUAACAUUAGAAAAGUCAAUUUGCAAAUUCCUGGAGCAAGCUUUAUCUCUUAAUUGAUUAUUUGACUUUCCUCCGCUUUAAUUUGCUCCUUCAUUUUUUCCUCCUUGUUUUGAGAGAAGAUACCUAGCGGUUGCCGGUUGGUCUUGUGAUAAUCAGCCAUAGCAUUUGUGCUAUUAUUGUUUUCAUCCUUUUAAUGUAUAUAUCUCGAUGAUGGACCUGAUAAAAGCCAAUUUAAUAGAGAAACCAACUGGAGGAUGUAUAUUAUUUUCUUAAUCUUCUGCAUUAUUGCAGUCUUUCCUUUUUGUGCGGGUGCAAUUGUUCUUUCGGUUUUUGCUGACCACUUUUAUUCUUUUGCAUUGGUAUGUAUUUAAAUCAUUUUGACGAACUCCUCUGGCCAAAGUUUUCGGCUAGUAGUUAUCGUGUAAGGAAGAAGCAUCACAGGAUGUAAUUUGAUUUGUUUUGCAUUCGUUAUCAUCUGUCAUCAUUGUGUUCUCCUGUGUUUAUUAUGUGAUUGCCUGGAUUUUUCGUUUCAGGAAAUCAGGAAAGGCAACACGCCCCUUUGGUUGUAGAUUGAGUUAUUGUGUGCUGUGUUUUUUUCUGCAGGCAUCUGAUAUGCAUGCAUCCACAUAUCUUAUAAUCGUGACAAAAGUUAGUGUCCCAUCAAUCUGAUAAUAUUUUUCUUACUUUUUUCAAUCUGCGUGCGGCUCUUUGUGGGCCAUUAACCAUCUGCUACCAUUACUGUACGGGUUACGUAGUUAACAAUUACCAGGACUAUGUCGAAUCUUAACAAGUAAUAGAAUUGCAUGGUUCUAUGCAUCAUCUGUUAGUUUUCCACGUUUUUUCUACCAUUAUUUUAGUGUGGUGGAAUCAUAUUUGCAUUAAAAUUAUGAAAUUAAUGGUAGGUGCCCAUUUAUUUAAACGCUGCAUUUUCAACUAUUAUUGGAGUGGGAUAUCAUGUGCGGCUUAUGAUAUGACACGAGUGAAAUCUGUAUUUGAAAGCAGGAUUUUGAGAUUUCCC